UGCUUGGAGAUGCGUUCCAACAGGAUAGCUUGAGUCUGGGGGAAGAUGGAUCGCAUGGUGACUUGGGACCCCCUGGGGUCAGAGAGGUUCUUGGCAACCUCGCCCUCGGAAAUUAGGAUGUACGAGUGGAAUCCUCGUGUACGAUACGUCGCAUCCGUCUUCAUUCCCACUGGCGAUGCUCAUCGGUCGCUUGCGCGUUGCAGACGAACAAAAUAAAGCAUUUGAGCUCAAAGAGUGACAUGGGAGCUAUAAGGGCGAUUGCAUGGGCCCGCCAC